AUGAACUUAAGUUGCUCCUUGUGGCAGGAAAAUGGCAUAUCUGUCAAACGCUUUGCUUUUGCCAAAUUCUCUGAGGUCACUGAGCAGUGUUUCCUUCUGUUUACCCUCAUCCUACUCAUGUUUUUAGCAUCUCUGACAGGAAAUGCUCUCAUAGCCCUCACCAUCUGCACCAACCCAGUGCUGCACACUCCCAUGUACUUCUUCCUGGCCAACUUAUCUUUCCUGGAAAUUGGCUACACUUGUUCUAUCAUACCCAAAAUGCUGCAGAGUCUUGUGAGUGAGGCCAGAGGGAUCUCCAAGGAGGGUUGUGCCACACAGAUGUUUUUCUUUAUAUUAUUUGGUAUCAGUGAAUGCUGCCUUUUGGCCGCCAUGGCUUUUGACCGUUAUUUGGCCAUAUGCUCCCCACUCCACUAUGCAACACGAAUGAAUCGUGAGGUGUGUGCCCAUUUGGCAAUGAUUUCUUGGGGUGUGGGAUGCAUGGUAGGUCUGGGCCAAACAAACUUUAUUUUCUCGUUGGAUUUCUGUGGCCCCUGUGAGAUAAACCACUUCUUCUGUGACCUCCCACCCAUGUUGGCACUUGCUUGUGGAGAUACAUCUCAUAAUGAGGCUCUGGUCUUUGUUGCAGCUGUCCUUUGUAUUUCCAGUCCAUUUUUACUGAUCAUUGCUUCCUAUGGCAGAAUUCUAGCUGCUGUCUUUGUCAUGCCCUCUCCUGAAGGCCGCCAUAAAGCUCUUUCUACCUGUUCUUCUCACUUAUUGGUAGUAACCCUAUUCUAUGGCUCAGCCUCUAUCACUUACCUGAGGCCCAAAUCUAGCUAUUCACCAUACACUGACAAAUUCCUAGCCCUUUUUUAUACAUUGGUGACAUCCACUUUCAAUCCUAUCAUCUAUAGUUUACGGAACAAGGAAGUCAAAACAGCUCUCAGGAGAACUUUGUGUAAGAAGAAAGUUUUGACUCAUAUUUAG